CCAACUAUGAGGACUAAGUUAGUCCCUUCAGGAAACGCUAUACUACUCAUGCUACUUAUGCUAUUCCUCCUCCUUCUGAUCCCAAUCGUGGCUGCAGAGGAAAGCAUUUAUCACUGCGGUGAUCGCAUUAAGGAGCUUGCAACAAACGGUUCCCUUCCCGAGGAAGAUAUCUACUGGGGGGCUGUAGAUGGUCUCCCAAGUAAGGCCGAAUAUCCAGUUCUCCUCCUAACGUUCGCCGCAUGCGAGAAGCACUGCGGUAGCGGUUCCACGUUGCACCCCUGGGAAACAACUGCGGAUACGGUCACGACCUGGGUACUCCCGCUGGUGGGCCUCGUUCUGCAGGCCCCUUUCGAGAGCAACAACUUCCGGGGAACCAUGUUGCUUGUGUUCAGGUGGCUGGGUUCGCCGAUCGUUUCUAUGAUGUACAUUUUCUGGAACAUCAGAGUUACCAGGAAGUGUGCCAUCAUGGCUGACAUGAGCGUCGGGAUGGGCGACCACCCUCGGCCACCAAGCGGUUUUUCCGGAUUGCGGGACUCGCUUUACCUGCUGAGCGUGGUCAACCAAUACCAGCUCAAUAUAUGGCCCGGGCUACGAGAACAAGACAUGGAGUAUAUCCUUCGCGUAGGCUUGUUCGACACGGGGCCCGAAUUCCAGGAAAUGAGGGGCAGAGUCGCUACAAACAUCCGCCGGGAACGCCGUCGGGGAACCGUCCAAGCCCUAGUAUCGCUAGGGUGGUUUCUAGUUGCAUUGGGCAUCUCGAUAAACAAGGCCUUCGGGGAUCUAGGCGAGGACUCAUCCGCUUCCAAUCUCGCGCUCGGCCUUCUGGUGUGUUGGCUCCCGGUUCUCGUCGCCGCGGCAAUAGUGGACCGGAACCCAAUGGACGCCGGCGACGUUAGCGCCAAGUUGAACGAGUGCCUCCGAAGCAUUGUGAUGGCAAUACCCCGGGAGCUUUACAUACCCCAGGGAGUCACCGGAAAUGAAAUUUUAGGAGGAUUUGCGGGCCAAGGCCGCGUCCAUUGGCACUGCGGUGCUGCCUCCUCAAUUCUCUGCACCCUGGAGGGUUUGCCUGAUAUGGGGCGCGGGUGGUUAGAUAUAUAUGAAAACGACCACGAACUGGUGACUGCGAGAAUCCCUCCUCUCUUGAGACGCUUGAGGUGCCGCCAUAUCCAAGGAUGGCAGACGAUAGCCCCCAGCCAAAGAUGGCAGAUGAUAGCCUCCAGCCAAGGAUGGCAGAUGACAGCCUCCUUCACACUGGUCUGCUCCUGCAUUAUUGGUGCCUUCAUCCUUAGCUACUUUACGCCGACCGUCGGCCUGGGCUGCCGCUCUGCUGGUUACAUGAUCUUUGGCCUCAACUCCUUUGUCUGCCUAUUUAUAGAAAUAGGUGCAUGGGUAUUCCUACCGAUGGGCCGGAGACGGGAAGCAGCGCGGUGGUUCCUGCGCCUCUGUGAAUUCACAAACUUUUGCUGGCUCAUGUACAUCAUCACGGCGCAGACACGUGGGACCUACAAUAACUGCCGCUGCAAGUCGAGUGUUUGGGGCGGCGGCGGGUAUGUUGACUUUGAG